AUGUCUAAAGAUGUCAUGCCGAAUCCGGCGCAUGUUGGCGUUGAUACUUUGCUAUCUAGAAAAUUUGGCAAGGAGACGGUCAAUUAUUUUUCUAGUUCUCCUUUAAAUCGGGUAUCAUUCCUUCGGUCCGACAAUCUGUUCUUAUCAAAUGCCCUCAAACACCCCUCCACCAGGUUUCUACUAUUCAACGAGCUUGCGCCGCUAUCUCGAAAUCCUACGGAGCUACAUUACGCGUCAUUUCAGGAAGUUGAGUCAAUUAUACCUCUAAGUUUAUUCGAUAAGCCCGAAAAGGAGAUCAUUGAAAGCUAUGACUCGGACAAGGCGGUUCCUCUGGUCGUAUUUCUGGGAUUGAAUGAAUCCCAAACAGAAGGCGAAGGAUUUAUAUAUAGAACCUACAAGGGGGCUCCGUAUUUUGCCCUUGAUGUCACUCCUCGUGGGCUACUAGAGGAAUCGGCUAAGAAGAUAAUUGAGUCUAUGGAAUCGAAGGGUCUUACGUUUAUCAAAGCUAGAGCAAUUACUUCGUUGCCCUCGGAUGAUGCUGCCAUAUAUGCCCAAGCUAGACACACAAUAGAUUGGAAUGCCCGCAACGCCUUCUGUGGAGCGUGCGGGCAACCGACCAUUUCAACAAAUGCAGGCUCAAAGCGAGCCUGCCCUCCAACUGACCUUGGGUUAUCUGCAGAUAAAUCACGUCCUCCCUGUCAUACUCGCAACACAAUUUCAAACCUCUCCUUUCCACGGACAGACCCAACAGUCAUUGCAGCAAUAGUAUCUCAUGACGGGAAAAAGGUGCUACUUGGGCGCCAAAAGAGAUACCCACCAUGCUGGUACUCAACUUUAGCUGGUUUCAUUGAACCAGGCGAAUCCGUUGAAGAUGCUGUCCGCCGCGAAGUCUGGGAGGAGUCCGGAGUUAUAGUCUCUCGUGUUAUCAUACACAGUACCCAGCCAUGGCCAUAUCCGGCUAACCUUAUGAUUGGGGCCAUCGGCCAGACUGCGAAGCCCGAAGAUGAAGCCAUAUGUCUCAGCCAUGACCCUGAGCUGGAGGAGGCAAAAUGGUUUGAUAUUUCUGAAGUUCAGGAGGCUCUGAAAUCCGGGGUAUCUUCCCUAGGAGCGCCACCACCACCUGGGUAUAAGGAAGGCGGCCUGCGGUUAGCACCUAGCACCGCGAUUGCGUAUUUCCUCAUUGAAGCUGCUGCCAAUGCUGAGCUUCUGGGAAAUCAAUAUGUGCCUAGAAUGUAA